CCAUCACUCUAUCUAUCUUUUUAUCCUCUCCCUUCUGUUUCUGCUCCGAAUUUCAGUAGCAGCCAUGAAUAUUUUCUCUCCGACCUCCGCAGCUCGGACGUGUCCGGGCUGUUUUCUACUUCCGCCGCGACACAGUGACUUCUCAAGAAGAUGCUCUCUUGAAUUCAAACGUUCUGCACCUCUGUAUCGAGCUUCAACAGUCAUUUGCAUGGCGGAGCCUUAUUUGAUCGUGAAGCUGGAAUCUGCUGAGAAGACGUGGAAAGAAUUAUCGGUCAAGCUGGCUGAUCCAGAUAUUGUCUCGAAUCCCACGGAGUAUCAAAAAUUUGCCCAAUCAAUGUCAGAGCUUGAUGAGGUGGUAUCAACUUUCAGAAAUUUCAAGGAAUGUGAGAAGCAGUUAGAGGAGACAAAAGCUUUGGCGAAAGAGAGUGGAAAUGACGAGGAUAUGGCAGAGAUGAUUGCUUUAGAAAUCAAUUCUUUGUCCAGUCAACUCAAAGAUCUUGAGGAGAAGCUUAAGGUGAUGUUGCUCCCAUCUGAUCCUCUUGAUGCGAGAAAUAUUAUGCUUGAAGUGCGGGCAGGUACAGGUGGUGAUGAAGCUGGAAUCUGGGCUGGUGAUCUUGUCCGUAUGUAUCAGAAGUACAGUGAGCGGAAUUCUUGGAAGUUCUCCCCCAUUUCAAGUUCCGAGGCUGAAAAAGGUGGAUUCAAAACUUAUGUGUUGGAAAUCAAAGGAAACUGUGUCUACAGUAAAUUAAAAUAUGAGUCUGGUGUUCACCGGGUUCAACGUGUUCCUCAAACAGAAACACAGGGCCGUGUGCAUACUUCUACUGCUACAGUAGCCAUCAUGCCCGAGGCAGAUGAAGUUGAGGUAGUGAUUGAUCCAAAAGACAUUGAACUACAAACUGCAAGAUCUGGGGGUGCUGGAGGGCAGAAUGUCAACAAAGUGGAGACAGCAAUUGAUCUUUUCCACAAGCCAACAGGAAUCCGCAUUUUUUGCACUGAAGAAAGGACUCAACUUCAGAACAAGCAUCGAGCUUUUCAGCUGCUGCGAGCCAAACUUUAUGAGAUCAAAGUCAGGGAGCAGCAGGAGCUGAUCAGGAAUCAACGAAAAUUACAAGUUGGUACCGGAGCCCGUGCUGAGAAAAUACGGACCUACAAUUACAAGGACAAUAGGGUCACCGAUCACCGGUUGAAGAUGAACUUCGAGCUCACAUCCUUUCUCGAGGGUGAUAUAGAGAAUGCAGUUCAGGCAUGUGCUGCCAUGGAACAAAAAGAACUCCUGGAAGAACUGGCUCAGUCUGCUGUGGCUUCAGCCACUUGAAUUUCUACCAUUUCUUGCCAAUAUUAGGGGCCAUAUCAAAUGUGAUACGAGGUAAAAAAAAAUCAUCCACCAUUAUUCAUGCUUCCUCUGUACACGUACUAGAUUAUACCCAUUUGAGUUUUUUUUUUCUUUUCUUUUUCUUUUGGCGCCAGUGGUCUGAAAAUAGAGGGAGAAAAGAAAAUUAACCCAUCCCCACUAAGAUUAGAUUAUGAUGUUGAUGUGGCAUUAUGAAAUUAAUUACAUGUUCUUCCAUGAAUGUAUAGCUUGUGAACUGUUGUUUUGAUCAAUCUCGAUUUAUUUUGCAUGAU